AAGUCUCGGCGGCAAGAAAUCGGAGUCCGUAGAAACUUCGUGGAUUGUUGCAGCUCAAGUCCCAACAGACGACUUGACCAGAAGUUGUCCGCUCACUCUCCCUCGACACCCUCUUCUCCUCACAACCCUCCAGUCAUGCUGUCCAGAUUUGCGCCGAGGUCUUUCACCUCGUCGGUUAGACGUGCUGCCUUCCAGCCCACCCGUGUCGCUCCUCAAGUGCUGAGAACCGUCACCACCGACGCCGCCAGCGCCCACGCCGAGAAGGACGAUGUCCCCAGCGAGGAUGACAAGACCUUCGAGGUCAAGCUGUCCGACGAGAGCUUCGAGACCUACGAGCUCGACCCUCCUUCAUUCACCCUCAAGACCACCAAGAAGGAGCUGAAGCAAAUGUACUACGACAUGGUCGCCAUGCGCCGCAUGGAGAUGGCCGCCGACAGACUGUACAAGGAGAAGAAGAUCCGCGGUUUCUGCCACUUGUCGACCGGUCAGGAGGCCGUUGCCGUCGGUAUCGAGCACGGUAUCACCAAGGAGGACUCUGUCAUUACCGCCUACCGCUGCCACGGUUUCGCCAUGAUGCGCGGCGCCUCGGUCAAGUCCAUCAUCGGUGAGCUGCUCGGCAGAAGAGAGGGUAUCGCCUACGGAAAGGGUGGUUCCAUGCACAUGUUCACCAAGGGCUUCUACGGCGGUAACGGUAUCGUCGGUGCUCAGGUCCCCGUCGGUGCUGGUCUCGCCUUUGCCGACCACUACCAGGGCAAGAAGAACGUUUCCAUCUCCCUCUACGGUGACGGUGCUUCCAACCAGGGUCAGGUCUUCGAGGCCUACAACAUGGCCAAGCUGUGGAACCUCCCCGUCAUCUUUGCUUGCGAGAGUGAGUUACACCAUCAACACACCUCUUAUGCGAUUGCCGUUUACUGA